AUGUCGUUGUCGGAUUCCGAGACAACUCAAGGUGGAUCAUCCGAAUAUAGACCUUUUCGCCAAAUUAGCCGUGACAGGUUAUUGUUUGAAAUGCUUGGAGCAGCAAAGUCAGGGGAUUCUAAAUCAUGGAAGGUGCUCAUAAUGGAUAAAGUCACAUUGAAAGUUAUGUCACAUUCAUGUAAAAUGGCAGAUAUCACCGACCAAGAAAUUUCAUUGGUAGAAGACGUUUUCAAGAGAAGGCAACCACUACCGUCUAUGGAUGUUGUUUAUUUCAUGCAGCCAAUAAAAGAGAAUCUUAUCAUGUUAAUGUCAGACAUGUCUGGAAGGGAGCCCUUGUAUAGGAAAGCAUAUAUUUUUUUUAGCUCAACAGUUCCAAGGGAAUUUAUAAAACACAUUCAAUGUGAUACAAGUGUCUUACCCCGCAUAGGUGCAUUGAGAGAGAUGAAUUUGGAAUACUUUCCAGUAGAUAACCAGGCAUUUAUCACUGAUCAAGAUAUGGCAAUGGAGGAACUUUUUGGCAAUAUUGAGAAUACUCGAAGAUUUAACACCUGCUUGAAUGUUAUGGCAACUCGAAUGGCUACAGUGUUUGCUUCAUUAAAGGAGUUACCUCGUGUGUGGUAUCGUGCUGCCAAGCAAAGUGAACAAUCAACAGCUCGUGAUUUGGUUCCUUCCAAACUUGCUGAUGCAGUUUGGGACCUAAUUUCUAAAUAUAAAACUACUAUUCCAAACUUCCCACGCGAAACAUGCGAACUGCUCAUUGUGGAUAGAUCUAUUGAUCAGAUUGCUCCUAUCAUUCAUGAAUGGACCUAUGAUGCUAUGUGUCAUGAUUUGUUGGUUAUGGAAGGAAAUAAAUAUACAUACGAGGUUCCUAGUAAAACAAGGGGUGAUCUUGAGAAGAAAGAGGCACUCUUAGAAGAACAUGAUUCGGUGUGGCUUGAGAUUCGCCAUGCACAUAUAGCAGAUGCUAGUGAAAGAUUGUCAGAUAAGAUGGAAAACUUUGUGGCAAAAAACAAAGCUGCGCAAAUUCAUCAAAGUGGAAGAGAUGGUAGUGAAUUAUCCACACGAGAUUUGCAGAAAAUGGUCCAAGCCUUGCCUGAAUACACCCAGAAAAUGGAAAAGAUUUCUCUCCACGUAGAGAUAGCUGGAAAGAUCAACAAAAUCAUUAGAGAAACAGUUCGAGAUCUUGGACAGUUGGAGCAAGAUCUUGUUUUUGGAGAUGCCGGAGCCAAAGAAGUUAUUAGCUUUCUAAGAACAAAUCAGGAUGCACCAGUCGAAAAUAAGUUGCGUUUAUUAAUGAUUUAUGCAAUUGUCUAUCCUGAAAAGUUUGAGGGAGAUAAAGCUACCAAGUUGAUGCAGUUGGCAAAACUAUCACCUAUUGACAUGAAGGCAAUUAGUAAUAUGCAAAUGCUGGCCGGAUCAUCGGACAAGAAGGCAUCUAGUAGUGAUUUUUCACUCAAGUUCAGUAACCAGAAGAAAAAGAAUGCAGCACGGAAAGAUCGUACUGAUGAAGAGGAAACAUGGCAACUAUUUCGAUUUUACCCCAUGUUAGAGGAACUUCUUGAAAAUCUAAGCAAGGGUGAGUUACCAAAAAGUGACUAUUCAUGUAAAAAUCAACCAACUCCCCCAACUCAAGUAAGCACUAGAGGUGGGGAACGGACACAGGGAACUGCUAAUAGUAAUCCACAUUCAAUUAGAUCAAGACGAACAGCCAACUGGGGGCGAUCACGUCAUUCAGAUGAUGGAUAUUCAAGUGAUUCUACGCUGAAGAAUAUUGAUACUGAUUUCAAGAAGAUGGGGAAGCGCAUCUUUGUCUUUAUCAUUGGUGGAGCAACCCGAUCUGAGCUUCGAGUUUGCCAUAAAAUGACAUCAAAGCUCAAGAGGGAGGUCAUCCUAGGUUCUUCUUCCAUUAUUGACCCUCCUGAAUAUAUCACGAAGUUGAAAUUAUUGUGCGAAGACCAAGUGGCAUUGGAUGGCCUCGGAAUCUAA